AAAUACAAUUCAUACACACUGCAUACAGUCAAAACCCAAACGGGCUCUAUAUAGUCGGUCGUCUCUCAGGUCUUGCCUUGUUUUCCACCUCCGAUCCGACCCGACCCGUAAAAAAAUUGAAUUCUUAUCGAGUUUGUGAUAAAUGGGCAAGCUUUGAUCGCCAUUAAUCAAUCAAAUUCGACCCAGUUUUAGUAAAUGGAGACCCAUUUUAGAUCUGGGUUUGUAACACUUAUUGUUAUUAUACUGUUAGUUUGUGUAUCUUCUUCUGGUGUUUCUGCACAAACUCGAAGACCUAAAAAUGUACAAGUUGCUCUUAAGGCCAAAUGGGCUGGCACUCCUUUGCUUUUGGAAGCUGGGGAAUUACUAUCCAAAGAGUGGAAAAACCUAUUUUGGGAAUUCAUUGAGGUGUGGCUUCAGAAUGAAAAUAUAGAUUCAGAUUCUCAUUCUGCUAAAGAGUGCUUAAAGAAAAUAGUAAACAGUGCCAAACCACUGUUAAGUGAUCAUUUAGCAUCAAUUUUUGAAUUUACUCUCACUCUUCGUUCAGCAUCUCCUAGAUUAGUCGUUUAUCAGCGCCUGGCUGAGGAAUCUCUUGCCUCUUUCCCGCUGGAUGAUGAUGUUAGCUACAACUCUCCCGAUGGACAUUAUAAGCAAACCAAAAAGGUAGAUACUUUGCUCUCAGGUGUGAACCUGAGAAGUCCAGGUGGAAAAUGUUGUUGGGUGGACACUGGUGGGGCAGUGUUUUUUGAUGUGGUGGAGCUACUUCACUGGCUUCGUAAACCUAGCAAAUCGUCCGGGGAUUCAUUUCAGCAGCCUGACCUCUUUGAAUUUGAUCAUGUCCAUUUUGAUUCUAAUUUUGGGGGUCCAGUUGCCAUUUUAUAUGGAGCUCUUGGGACUGAUUGCUUUAAGGAAUUCCACGUGACCUUGGUGCAAGCAGCGAAAGAGAAUAAAGUUAAAUAUGUUCUGAGACCUGUACUGCUUUCUGGUUGUGAAUCAAAAAGUGGCCAUUGUGGUUCUAUUGGUACAAGUGAUCCAUUGAAUUUGGGAGGCUAUGGUGUUGAACUUGCUUUGAAGAACAUGGAAUACAAGGCCAUGGAUGACAGUGCAAUAAAAGAAGGUGUGACUCUAGAAGAUCCACAUACUGAAGAUCUCAGCCAGGAAGUUAGAGGGUUUAUAUUUUCUAAAAUUCUGGAACGCAAGCCUGAGCUAACAUCUGAAAUAAUGGAUUUCAGAGAUUCUCUUCUUUCAUCAACAAUAUCUGAUACACUUAAUGUUUGGGAAUUGAAGGAUUUAGGACACCAAACAGUACAGAAAAUAGUUCAUGCUUCUGAUCCUCUACAAUCAAUGCAAGAAAUCAAUCAAAAUUUUCCUAGCAUUGUCUCUUCACUGUCUCGUAUGAAGCUUGAUGAAUCUGUCAAAGAUGAAAUAAUUGCAAAUCAAAGGAUGAUUCCGGCUGGCAAGUCAUUAAUGGCUUUGAAUGGUGCCUUGCUUGAUAUUGAAGAUAUUGAUCUCUAUCUGUUGAUCGACAUGGUCCAUCAAGAGUUGUCGUUGGCUGACCAGUAUCUAAAGUUAAAGAUUCCUUCAGGCACAGUAAGAAAACUUUUAUCAACUCUACCUCCAGCUGAGUCAAACAUGUUUCGUGUUGAUUUCCGCUCAAGCCAUGUUCAUUACCUUAACAACUUAGAGGUAGAUGCAAUGUACAAGAGAUGGCGAAGCAAUUUAAACGAGUUGUUGAUGCCAGUCUUUCCUGGACAAUUACGUUAUAUUCGUAAGAACCUCUUCCAUGCAGUUUAUGUUUUGGAUCCUGCAUCUACCUCGGGGCUUGAGGUUGUUGACUCAAUACUAUCUAUGUUCGAGAACAGUCUACCUAUGAGGUUUGGGGUGAUAUUGUACUCUACAAAGUUUAUCCAGAAGUUAGAAACAAAUGGUGGUGAAUUUCCAUCGAGUGUGGGGAAUGGUAGUGAGAAAGAAGAAGAUUUAUCCAGUCUGAUUAUUCGUCUUUUUAUAUAUAUGAAGGAAAGCUACGGGAUUCAAAUGGCUUUCCAAUUUCUGAGUAAUGUUAACAAGUUGCGACUUGAAUCAGGUGACUUUGAGGAUGCUCCUGAAAUGCACCAUAUUGAAGCAGCAUAUGUAGACACAACGUUACCGAAGGCAAAAGUCCCACCACAGGAAACAUUGCUAAAACUACAAAAGGAGGGUACAUUCAGUAAAGAGUCUCACGAGAGUUCCAUGUUUGUGUUUAAGCUUGGUUUGUCUAAGCUACAUAGCUGUGUCUUGAUGAACGGGCUUGUUCAUGAGCCUAAUGAGGAGGCUGUUAUAAAUGCUAUGAACGACGAGCUUCCUAGAAUACAGGAGCAAGUUUACUAUGGACAUAUAAAUUCAAAAACUGAUGUCCUGGACAAAUUUCUAUCAGAAAGCGGGAUUCAGCGGUACAAUCCACAGAUUGUGGCAGAUGGCAAAGUGAAACCAAUGUUUAAAUCACUCUCUCCAUCAGUUCUUGGAACAGAUUCUGUACUAAAUGACAUUGGUUACUUGCACUCUCCCGACACUGUUGAUGAGUUGAAACCGGUGACUCAUCUUCUUUCUGUUAAUAUCACUUCAAUGAAAGGGAUACGAUUGCUUCGUGAAGGAAUACACUAUCUGAUGGCAGGUUCUAGAAAUGCUCGUUUGGGUGUAUUAUUUAAUGCUGAUCUGGAUGUGGAGUCACCUGGUCUUCUAUUUGUGAAGUUUUUUCAAAUCACUGUCUCCUCAUAUAGUCAUAAGAAAAGUGUCUUAAAUUUCUUGGACCAACUGAUCUUGAUAUAUGAGCAUGAAUACAUGCUUAGAUCUUCAAUUAAUGCUGAACACGGUCAAGCGUUUUUUGAGAAGGUCUCUCAGCUGGCUGAAGCCAAUGGCUUGCCAUCCAAGGGCUAUUCUUCUAGCCAAUCUGAAUUCUCUUUUGACAAGUGGAGAAACCAGUUGAACAAGGUGGGUCAGUUCUUAUUCAGUCAGCUUGGGAUAGCUUAUGGUGUUAAUGCUGUCAUUACCAAUGGAAGGGUGAUUCAGGCGGUGGACGGCGAUACCUUAUUAAGCCAUGAUUUGCAUCUUCUAGAAUCUGUGGAAUUCAAGCAGAGAAUAAAGCACAUUGUGGAAAUCAUCGAAGAAGUAAAGUGGGAGAACAUGGAUCCUGACAUGUUGACAAGCAAAUUUAUUAGUGAUGUUGUCAUGGCUGUUUCAUCUUCCAUGGCUACUCGGGAUCGGAACUCUGAAGGUGCUCGCUUUGAAGUUUUAAGUGCCACACACAGUGCUGUUAUUUUGAAAAAUGAAAAUGCUAGUGUCCAUAUUGAUGCUGUCAUCGAUCCCUUGAGUUCAUCUGGUCAGAAGCUGUCUACACUUCUGCGCUUACUAUGGAAAAUGUUUCAACCUAGCAUGAGACUUGUACUGAAUCCAAUUAGCUCCCUUGUUGAUCUUCCUCUGAAAAAUUACUAUCGUUACGUCAUACCAACACUGGAUGAUUUCAGCAGCACUGAUUCUACAGUUUAUGGACCCAAAGCAUUUUUUGCAAAUAUGCCACUGUCCAAAACCCUCACCAUGAAUCUUGAUGUUCCUGAGCCAUGGCUUGUGGAGCCUGUUAUUGCAGUCCAUGAUCUUGACAAUAUACUACUAGAGAACCUUGGUGACACAAGAACAUUGCAGGCGGUGUUUGAACUUGAAGCACUUGUUUUAACUGGUCAUUGUUCCGAGAAGGAUCAUGAACCCCCUCGAGGUCUUCAGCUUAUACUUGGAACUAAAGCUGCGCCCCAUUUAGUUGAUACCCUCGUUAUGGCCAAUCUGGGGUAUUGGCAAAUGAAAGUUUCUCCAGGGGUCUGGUACCUGCAACUUGCUCCAGGUAGGAGUUCUGAGCUUUAUGUCCUUAAUGAACACGGAGUUGGAAAUCAGGACAGCCCUACUAUGAAACGCAUCACCAUAAGGGAUUUAAGGGGUAAACCAGUUCAUCUGGAAGUGCACAAGAAAAAAGGAAAGGAACAAGAGAAGUUGCUGGUUUCUACUGAAAAUGAUGAUGAGAGUGCACAUGAAUUGGAAAAACAGAAAAGUUGGAAUUCUAAUCUAUUGAAAUGGGCUUCUGGAAUUAUUGGUGGCAGUGACCAAUCAAAGAAGAGUCGAGGAACUUCAGUGGAUGAAAAAAAAGGUGGCAGGCAAGGAAAAACUAUUAACAUAUUCUCUAUAGCUUCUGGUCAUCUAUAUGAACGCUUCACGAAAAUCAUGAUACUUACUGUCUUGAAGAACACACGGCGACCAGUGAAGUUCUGGUUUAUAAAGAAUUAUCUUUCUCCUCAGUUCAAGGAUGUGAUCCCGCACAUGGCCCAAGAAUAUGGUUUUGAAUAUGAAUUGAUAACAUAUAAAUGGCCUAGUUGGUUGCACAAACAGAAAGAAAAGCAGAGAAUCAUCUGGGCCUAUAAAAUUUUGUUCCUUGAUGUUAUAUUUCCUCUUUCUCUAGAAAAGGUUAUUUUUGUUGAUGCUGAUCAAGUUGUCAGGGCAGAUAUGGGAGAUCUGUAUGACAUGAAUUUAAGAGGACGACCACUAGCAUAUACCCCUUUCUGCGAUAACAAUAAGGAUAUGGAUGGAUACAGAUUCUGGAGACAAGGUUUCUGGAAAGAACAUCUCCGAGGAAGACCAUAUCACAUAAGUGCUUUAUAUGUUGUUGAUUUAAUCAAAUUCCGAGAAACUGCAGCAGGAGACAAUUUAAGAGUAAUUUACGAAACCUUGAGCAAAGAUCCAAAUAGUCUUGCCAAUCUGGAUCAGGAUCUUCCAAAUUAUGCUCAGCACACAGUUCCUAUCUUUUCUCUUCCUCAAGAAUGGCUAUGGUGUGAGUCAUGGUGUGGAAACUCAACUAAAUCAAAGGCCAAAACCAUUGAUCUAUGCAACAACCCCAUGACAAAGGAGCCGAAGCUUCAGGGUGCCAAAAGAAUAGUUGCAGAGUGGCCUGAUAUUGAUUAUGAAGCACGCCAGUUCACUUCGAAAAUCUUAGGUGAAAAUGUCAAUCCAGUAGAAAAGGUUGUACCCAACCCUGGAACUGGAAAUAAAAUCACUGAUCCUCCUUCAAAAGACCCGGAAUCGAAAGCAGAACUGUGAAUAUGGAAUAAUAUGGACAGCAGAUAUCUAAAGGUCAGAUAAUUUAGCUUGUUUAGUGAUCACCAAAGUCUAACAUUCCAUUUUUGUACUCUAAUAUGAGUUGUAGUUUUUGUUGCUCGUCUCAACAUACUUUAUACGAAAGGAAGAGAUGUCUUCUAGCUGGGAACUAGUGUUAGGAACCAGAAACCCAAAAGAAGGCGACAUGUUCUUUUCCAUAUGUUCAACAUAGGUUAUCAACAAAUUUUUGAUGGUACAUUAAUCAGCAACUAGUGUAAGAUAAAUUCAUAACAUCCUAUAUUAUAGGAAUUUAAUUUUUGUGAGA